AUGCGCAUUGGUGGCGAUGAUCGUUCAAAACGUGUUUUCUGGAUUGAUGGAGGAAUCCAUGCACGCGAAUGGGCUUCACCACACACUGCUCUUUAUUUCAUUCAUCAACUGACAUCAAGAUAUGGAAAUGAUAAUGGAGUAACAAGAUAUGUUGAUUUGCUUACAUGGGUGAUCGUACCUUGUCUUAAUCCAGAUGGAUAUGAAUACACUCGAUCGUCGACCAGCCCUAAUGAUUUAUCUGCAUCAUACAAUUACUUUCUGAUUAAAUCUACGAACAACGAAGUUCAGAUUCGGUUAUGGCGAAAAAAUCGAUCGCCGCCAACAUGCUUUAAAGACCAAUGGGGCCAUAAAAAAUGUUGUCGUGGUGUCGACCUCAAUCGAAAUUUCGAUUUUCAUUUCAAGGAAAGUGGAUCAAGCGAUGAUCCUUGUUCAGAAAUUUAUCAGGGCGAGAAAGCAUUCAGUGAACCUGAAACGAAAGCCGUAAGGGAUGUGAUUCUAUCGAAUCGCUAUCGUGAUAGAAUCGAUGGAUUUAUCACACUUCAUACAUAUUCGCAAAUAUGGAUUCAUCCAUAUGGCCAUAGGCGCGAUACGUAUCCUGGUGACAUCAGGGAUCUUUACGAAGUUGGCAAAAAAGCGACGAAUGCACUUCGACGACUUUAUGGAACGAAAUAUGUGGUAGGUAGCGGCGCAGAUACUCUUUAUCCAGCAUCAGGAGGAUCGGAGGAUUGGGCAAAGCAAUAUGCAUCUAUAAAAUACGUCUAUCUCUUGGAAUUACGGCCUGAUGAACGUAACUGGGAUGGCUUUAUACUUGAUGAGCAACAAUUAAUUCCAACAGCAACAGAGACAUGGGCUGGCGUACGAGUUGUAGCUGAUGCUGUGAUUGAACGUAUAAAUAAAACGAGAUCACCAAAAAAUGAAGAAACAGAAAUGAAGGAGCGUUUUGGUGAUGGCAGUACUGGUUCAUGUUAUGAUCUUCGACAUGCGUGUAAAAGAUGGAUUCAAGAGAACGAAUCACUCUGUCGUACUGUCCGAAUAUUUAUGCAAGAACAGUGUGCUUACUCCUGCGGGCACUGUUAA